UUCCAAUGUGUUAGAUUCUGGGAGGAGGGGUACUCGACUUUGGAAUUUACAACCUCCGGACGUUCGAUUGGAACGUGGUGUUGGCAGCGCAGGGAAUGAUCCACUGAGGCCGAGUUGCCUCUUCAAGCGGGGCGGCUGCAACCUUCCCCCAAUCAUCCCGCAAGUCAAGACUUUUUCGUUUUAUUUUUCGUUCUGUCCUCUUACAAUCGCUUUCCAUUCUCUGCAUUCGCCAUGCUGCUGCUGGUCCCUUGCCUGAGGAGAGUUUUGCGACCCGCCCGGACUCUGGCGUGUAGCCUCGGCUCUGGAAGGAGAAGCGAAAGCUGUCCGUUCCUUCUCCCUGCCCCUUCGUUGCUGUCCUGCCGGAGCACCGUCGCCCCAGCCGCUGCUUUUCCCCCGCGCUGCUUCGGCACCCAUUCGGCCAAGGAGCCGGUGGAGCCCCUGAACACGGCGCAGGGAGCCCGGGAUUUUAUCUACAGCCUGCACUCGAAAGAGAGGAAGAGUCUGUUGCAGGAGCUCCAGAGAUUCGAGGCCAUGGCGAUGGCACAAGAAGAAAUGGAAGUUAAGCCUCCGUCAUCAGCACAGCACAGAUACGUGUUUCUUCACAGUGCAAUACCUUUCAUUGGGUUUGGUUUCCUGGACAAUGCUAUAAUGAUUGUCGCAGGGACACAGAUUGAGUUAUCCAUUGGAGUUAUUUUUGGCAUUUCCACAAUGGCAGCUGCAGCGCUCGGCAACCUUGUGUCUGACGUAGCUGGCCUGGGACUUGCAGGGUAUGUGGAGGCUCUUGCAUCAAGACUGGGUCUACCAAGUCCUGAUCUAAACCCAAAACAGGCUGAUAUGUGGCAAACACGACUUAGCUCACAGCUGGGCAAGGUUAUAGGUGUGACCAUUGGUUGCAUCCUAGGAAUGUUUCCACUGCUUUUCUUUAAAACAGAAGAAGAAGAAAAGCUAGAAGAAAGCAAGAAUUAAAUUAAUGUGCCAAAUGAUGAACUAUUUCAGCGUGUUGAAUCUGAAGUUUGCAUUGUAAAAUAAUCUGGAAAUAUAACAGCAGCAUUUUGAUGGACAGAAGUGAAAUCUGGACUGUGAUGUAGUGGAAUAUUGACAUUAAUAAGUCAAUACUUACAAACACAUUUUUCAUGAACUCAGUGCAGCGAAACUGGUCUAUUGACGCCUUAUGGCACUUCUGUUCCACAUUUGGGGGAAAUCAAACGCACGCACACACUAAAUGGUUGGCUAAGUGGUCUUUGAAAUCAGUUUCGUUGCAUGUCAUACUGCCUUGUUUUCGUUAAUAUGAUUAUUUGUUUCAAAAUAAAUUAAUUUUGUUGAGUUGUGACUGCUAUUUUUAUCCAAGGAUGUAAUUUUAAAACCAAUCAUAGACAUUAAUAAUACUACCAAUUGAAGGGAAAUUUGUGUUGCAGUGUUGUCUCUAAUUCGGUUUAUGAAGUCUUAUUAUUUUUUGGGAAAUAUGACUGAACUAUAGUAUCGAAGCAGUGUAUGUGUUCACAUAAUUUAGUUCCUAUUUUUGUGCACUUGAUCUUUAUAUUUGAAACAUACUCUCUUAAAUGGUAUACUUGCAACCAAUGCUCGACUUAAAAGCAACGUGCUGUAAAGUUAAAAACCAUCUGAAAGGCAUGUAGAAAUGUAACUCCAAUCUCAAUAUCUUUAGGAAA